AUCCAAUGUUUCCCUCUCUCUGAAGUUGCAACUGUUCUUAAACCCUAGAACACUCUCACUGAAGAAGCUGCGAGGGAAAUUUUUGUUCUUCCAAAAUGUCGAUGUCUAAGAGUUCCAAGAUGCUCCAGUACAUCAACUACCGAAUGCGCGUCACCAUUCAGGACGGACGCCAGCUUGUCGGAAAAUUUAUGGCAUUCGACCGCCACAUGAACCUUGUUCUCGGCGACUGCGAGGAGUUCCGCAAGCUUCCUCCGGCCAAGGGCAAGAAGCCCGCCGAAGGCGGCGACCGUGAGGACCGCCGCACGCUCGGUCUUGUACUCCUCCGCGGCGAGGAGGUCAUUUCCAUGACCGUCGAGGGACCACCUCCGCCGGAAGAGUCUCGCUCAAAGGCCGUCAGUGCCGCCGCACUCGCCGGCCCUGGCAUCGGUCGUGCCGCCGGAAGAGGCAUUCCUCCCGCUCCCGUUGUCCAGGCCCAGCCUGGUCUCGCCGGCCCAGUUCGCGGCGUUGGUGGCCCUGCCCCGGGCAUGAUGCAGCCGCAGAUCUCGCGCCCACCGCAGCUCAAUGCGCCGCCCGUAUCGUAUCCUGGCGGUCCGCCGGUUAUGCGCCCACCGGGGCAGAUGCCAGGGCAAUUCGCUCCUCCCCCCAUGGCCAGGGGUCCGCCUCCUCCGAUGCCACCCGGACAAUUUGUUCCUCCAAGACCUGGUGGUGGUCCACCUCAGUUCUCCGUUCCUCCGCCGCAGUUUGGACAGCGCCCCAUGGGACCUCCUCCUCCGGGACAGAUGGUGAGAGGACCUCCGGCUCCGCCGCGCCCUGGUAUGCCUGCGCCUCCUCCACCUCGCCCCGGCAUGCCGCCACCACCUGGCAGCGGUGUUCCAGUGUUUGGUCCUCCUCGACCUGGCAUGCCUCCUCCCCCAAACCCUCCAAACCAACAACAACAGUAACGAAAUAAUGGAUUGGUUUCUUACUGCUAAUCAGAACCCAAAUACGGACUCUGGACAUCUUGCGCGCGAUUCAAUAUCCAGCUUGUACAACCUUGAAUCACUCUCCUGUUAGGGAUUUUUUAUUUUGGUCUUGAUGAGGAUGUGUAAUGUUAGAAACAGCUUUUAUGUUUUUGAGGAAAUCAUUAGUCAACUAAAAUCUGAGCAUUGGACCAUACAAGUCCCCGUGUAGAUUUUCAGGGGAAAAAUGCUUCUGGAUCCCUUGUGCCAUUUGGGUUAUAUUACAUAAUAUGACAUUGGUAAUGCUUCUGGAUCAA